UGGCAUCCCGCCACGCAUUUGUGCGGCACGGGGCUCCACGUGGUCUUGCGCGCGGUGGGGGAUUGGUGUGCGCGUGCGCCCAGGCGCUCGGUCGGAACAUCGGGAUUGGAAAAUCGAAGGACAACUGUGCGAAGCCCCAGCCAGUGAAACUCAACCGUCUGGUUCGGUUCUGCUUCCGACGAGUACCAGAUGCAUAUGGAAGAAAGAGCGUGAUGAAGGCGGGGUUUCCCGAAGCCCAUCGCGGAGGAGUGAAGGGACUGCGAACGAACGAGUGCUGGAAAAAGCUGGGAGGUUGCGUGGCAGCCUGGCAGGGGAGCCAUUGACCAGAGGAGUGGGGGAGGAGGGAAGAUGGCGUACAGACCAUCAUAUAGUCCCUCUCAGUCAUGGUACCCACCCUCUUCAUAUCCAGGGGGGUCCAAUCCACUUCUUCGGCCGCCUGCUGGUCCAAUUCAUGACAACGUACCAUCACCUUCAAGAGGAACUGCACAGCGAGCAGUUUCAUAUGCAGAGCUAAAAGAAAGGAGUCUCGAGGAGUUAAAAAACUUGAUGAACGAUGAGGAGGCAUAUGAUGCAUUCCUGCACAGCCUGGACAAGGUCCGGGAUAUUGACAGGGCUCGAGAGGAGUUGCGGAAGCAGAGUGUAGAGUUGGCACGGAAGAACUUGGCUCGCGAGCCGGAAAUUGCUGAGCUUCACAACCAGUGUGCGAUUAUAAGAUCGACUGAGCUUGCCCCAUCUCAAGAGAAGCUGGACGAGCUUCUGAGGCGCGAGAAAAAGAUAAGAGGGCGUUUCUCUCCAGAGGUGCUGCUCCAGAAACUUGAAGAUGCCAAGGAGAAGGUAGACGAGGAGUCAGAGUUGUUGCACAAACAGAUGCUUGCAGGGGAGAUGGAGGUCACAGAAUUUAUCAGCAAGUAUCGAAAGCUGAGGGCAUUGUAUCAUACUCGGGCUCUAACGUAUCUAGCGGCAAAGACGAACCCUGGAUAGCAUUUGGCAUGGAGUUUCUUGCGGAAGAAAUACUUUGUGGCGUUUGCGCUGCGGCUGGUGAUGUCAGUUGGCCUGCCUCACAUGCCUUAGUGGAGGGCGGACUCUUUGGGUGUUCCCACGACUGGCCUCUGUGGGAGCCAGUGCCGGUUGAUGUUUAAUACCGAGCAUUGCUGUUGUGUUGUAACGGUAGGAGUUUGCCCACUUUUUUUUGAACCAUUGUAAAAACAUUUUGAAAGAAAAGAUUGCGUGGAAGGGGAGACACAAUAUUUCUGUGUGUGUGUGUGUGUGUGUGUGUGUGUGUGUGUGUGUGUGUGUGUGUGUGUGAGAGAGAGAGAGAGAGAGAGAGAGAGAGAGAGAGAGAGAGAGAGAGAGUUGCCUUGAGCGUCUUCUUCUGUGUAUAGGUGUGCGAUGCAUGAGCAUCAGAUUGAGGAAGUAGUGGUGCAUGAUGCACAUUACCUAAAGUUGAUAUUCUUAUUUUUAUAAUCAGCAAUUUGUUGUAAAUCGACGAGGAGGAUAAGAGAUUGGAUUACCCGAGCAUUGUGCUGGACGAUGAAGGUGGUGAUGUAUUCUUAAGUCUAUCCCAGUUUGUGAAUGCUGGCAGAUGUGUGUAACUCGUUUUUGCUCUAGCACUGUGUGUGUGUGUGUGUGUGUGUGUGUGUGUGUGUGUGUGUGUGUGGUCGACGGUGUGUGCCAGGUUCUCGAGGUGGAGUUUGUGUGAUACAUUGGGUAAAACCUCUGCAGAGGAAGGGAGCUAAAACUCAAUAGAUGUCUGUCUACUCUAUGUCAGAUAGGCUGUUCUGUGAAGGAAGAGGUAUAACUCAAACUAAGAUGUCUUUGUACUCUGUUCUCUGGUAGGCAGUCGUCACGACUGCUUGGUAUGCAGGAUUACAUUUGCGAUUCAAAACUCCUUGGUGGAGUUGUAGGUGUUGUAGAUCUUUGUGACGUCUGGGCAUCCUCCCGUUGCCCAAACGGUGUAGUGAUGCCGUAUUCUGAAUCCUCUAUUGUCUGUGUCCUGGAAGAUUACGAUCGGCACUAGGUGUGUGAGAUCGCGCACUGGGAUGUAUUUGCUGUUAUAGCGAAGCGUUUCUUACAUCAGUUUGACCGCUUGGAUGCAUUACUGCUGUUUACUUGGAAGUGUUUCUUCGAAAGCACUUGGAUCCUUCUGUCACUUGAUGUCUGCGACCGUUUCUCAGCUAGUCGAUGUGUUCAUGCCAAAAAUGGAAGUGUGCUAUGAGCUGUGUGAUGGAAACGAGUGAUGAGGUAGGCCCUCCCAUCGCUGCCCGGGCGGCGUAGGCGGGCCACGUCCCGCACAAGGUCCACAAGGUCCAGGGGAAGGCCUUGGGCAAGGUCUCGGAUGCAAAACAAUCGAAAGUAUUGUGUGCGAGAACAUUUGACUGAUGGUCCUCAUUGAGUAAGCGAAAAUGAACAAAUAAUACUAAAUGAGAAGAAUGAAUGAUAUCACAGCCCUUUAGAGCCCCCUUUUAUGUCUCAUUACAACCUGUUUAUACUCUGCAGACCCCCGAAAGGUGAGACAGCUCCGAAUUUGAAGGGCAGCAGGAAGAAGUGAAACAGCUGAAAGUGGAUGGCGUUGGUUGUUGCUGCAACGGGCGGUUCAGGACUGGGAAUGCUGCUUUCUUUUCGCAAAGAUCCUCCCUAAGUUUCCCUGCCGAAGGCUUUCUCGACUGUUUGCCGUUUCGCUGCCCCUUUUGGUCGUUCCCGCUAAUCGGGAUUCUGCUGUUGAUGGGGAGACAGGACCAAAGAAGCGUGCAGUGUACUUACCGAUGGGUCCGUCACGGAUUGGCAUGUCAUGGAGAUGGAUGUUGGGUAUGUGUCAUCGUGCCCAGGCUGUGUUGAGUUUAGUCUGCAUUUAGUCUGCAUUGUUGUAUGUAUGAUAGGUCAUUCAUGGAUUGGUAUGUCGAUGGAGAUUGAUUGCUGGCCAAUGGCCUCAUUUUACGCAUCUGUUUUGGGUACGUGUCGUUGCGCGCUUGGGCUGAACGGGUCAUCGCGCUUGGGCUGUGUCAAGUUUUAGAGAACUUCACGCUGCAUUUUGUUUGUUGUGGAGGAGGGGAGAUGAUGGGCCUCGACUCUAAAGCAUGCUGCUUACGUUUUGUUUGUUGGUCAUUCAGUGAUGGUCAUGUGAUGGGGAGACUUCUUUCUUGAAGACCUAAGUUUGUGUGUGAUUUUGUGUAAAACAUUGCCCAUAGCAUAGGCCGUGUUGCGUUUAGAUUCCGUUGCGUUUGGACUGCAUUCCGUUUGGGAACUUCUGUGUCUGUUCUGCUGCGAGUGUGUGAGGCUGUCUGGUAUUUGUCUUAGUGCAGCCAGGUCUGUUGCGGAUUUUAGUGCUUUUGAUUGGAUGAGCUGCAGUAUUAGUGUACAGUACAGUAGUCAAACUAUGAAUUGUCGGUCGUGCUGAGGAUUGUAAAUUGGGCUAUACAAAGGUGCAUUGCAUGUACAAACAACGUAAUUGGAAAUGUGGAAAGAAGUCCCCUGUCGAAUCGGCUCUGUCUCUGUUCGGUGUGGAACCGGCAUUUGAAUUCGAGUGUAGCUGCGGUGUAAGCUCUGCUCUGUCACUGGGACUCCAUAGCAAUAUGUUGAUGUUGCCAAACCGC